AUGCCAUACAACAACACCCCGAUCGCGCCCUCUCAAGAGGUCACUGGAACUGUCUCUCUUCCCCUCGCCCGUGUGAAGAAGAUCAUCAAUGUGGACCCGGAUACCGGCAACUGCAGCAACAAUGCUGCCUUUUGUAUCACAGUCGCGACGGAGAUGUUCCUACAGCAUCUAGUCGAGCAGUCCUACACCCAGGUGAAGACGGAGCACACGCAAAAGCCGAGGCGCAAUAUCCAGUACCGAGAUGUCGCGAAUGCCGUCGCCCGAGUCGAGAACCUCGAAUUUCUGUCCGACGUCGUGCCAAGAACGGUGUCCUACAAGCAACAUAAGCAGAAACUGGCCAAGGAGGCCAACAAUCCGGCUGCAGGUAAUGGACAGUCGACUCUCGAUAGACAUGUGGGAAGCAAAGAGGCGCAAGCGACGAAUGGUGCCUCGGAUGUCAUGAUGGGCAUGGACACAUGGAUUCUGCUGGGGAUAUGCGGGUAUUCACUGGAGAUCACAAACCGGACUUGA